AAUCACUUUACGUUACGGAGCGACAGCCAUUCAACCAGCUGCUACGCAGUUGUUUGUUUUAUCGGAUUUGUUGGAAUUUUCCACUACGGGGUUUGUUCAGACUAAAGUUUGAGCAUCAAUUUGUGGAUUAGUAGAGAUUAACGAAAUCAAGGACCCAGAGGGAACUUUCCGAGAUGCCGCUCGAACCUUAGUCGGCCACAGAGUCGCGGUGUGUCCGUUCGUGUGUUGGUGUUUUAGGAGCGGAUGGGGUUAACGGCUGGCUAACUGUUAGCAUCGACAGCGAGUCCAGUGUGCGCUUUGUUUGUCGUCGUUAAAAAUGGAGUUUCUCGGAGGAGGAAUUGGAGGAGUGGUGGUGAGCGGCGGGAACGUCCCGGCCUUCCUAACUAAACUGUGGACCCUGGUGGAGGACCCAGAAACCGACCCACUUAUCUUCUGGAGCCCGAGUGGAACCAGCUUCCAUGUUUUUGAUCAGGGUCGGUUUGCUAAAGAGGUUCUACCAAAGUUCUUCAAGCACAACAACAUGGCGAGCUUCAUCCGACAGCUCAACAUGUAUGGUUUCCGUAAGGUGGUGCACAUCGAGCAGGGCGGUUUGGUGAAACCAGAGAAAGACGACACAGAGUUCCAGCACCCGUUCUUCAUCAGAGGACAAGAACACCUGCUGGAGAACAUCAAACGAAAAGUCACUAAUGUGUCGUCAGUCCGUCAAGAAGAAGUAAAAAUUUCUACAGAUGAAGUCAACAAAAUCCUAAACGAUGUCCAGAUAAUGAAGGGAAAACAGGAAACCAUCGACUCCAGGAUCCUCACCAUGAAACAUGAGAAUGAAGCUUUAUGGAGGGAGGUGGCCAGUCUGAGACAAAAACAUGUGCAGCAACAGAAAGUCGUCAACAAGUUGAUCCAGUUCCUGGUGUCUCUUGUUCAGACCAACAGACUUAUAGGAGUCAAGCGAAAGAUUCCUCUGAUGCUCAAUGACUCCAGCUCCACCCACUCCAUGCCCAAGUACAGCCGGACCUUCUCAUUAGAGACCCCAGCGAGUCUCCUCUCACCCGACUCCCCCAUGAAUUCUGGGCCGAUCAUUUCUGACAUCACAGAGAUUGCUGCUUCCACCCCAGACGAUGCAGCCACUGACUGGACUGACUUAGGAGAGAGCCAGUUAGCUUACAUCAAAGAGGAGCCGUCCAGCCCUGAGGUGGAGGUGUCUCCUGUUCUCGAGGGUGAACAGGACUCGCUCGUUACAAAUGUAGACACCCCUCUGUCCCCGACUGCCUUCAUCAACUCCAUCCUUCAGGACAACGAGACACAGCCGACCCAGGUCAUUUCCACAACCACCAACACCGCCCAAGCAGACAGUCCCAUUAUUGUGUUGAGCCCCACCUCCAGUGAGCCCCCUCCAUCACCUCCAACCCUCCAGACAUCAGCCCCUGUCACCAACCUAAACUCUGCCGCUCCACCCAGCCCUGCCACACCUCGAAAGAAAUGUCAAGCUGUUGUGUGUCUCGACAGGUUCCACCCUCCUUCCUCUGCAGGUGGACUCCCACCUGACGCUUGGCGCAUCGUAUCCAAACAACCUGACAAGUCCGAUCUCGUUGAUCAUGUCGACAGUAUUGACAACGGCUUGGAAAACCUACAGACCAUUCUGAACUCGCAGACCUUCACCUUUGACCCAUCUCCUCUCAUGGAGUUUUUCAGCUCACCUGGUCCCUCUCCAGACUUUGACAUUGACAGCUUGGAUACUCUGCUGGCUGAAGAAGUUCCUAAAGAAAGUGAAGGCAACACAGGAAAGCAGUUGGUGCAUUACUCAGCCACUCCUAUCCACAUAACAGAGCCUGUCAACCUUGAGGAGGGCGGGGCUGACCUGCCAUCCCUCCUGGAGUUGGAGGCGGAGCCUCUGUUCAGCUCCGACACGCCCACAGACAACCCAGCCGACAUCCUGCUGAGCCACACCCAACUCGACUCUGACCUCUGAUGUCUUCAAGAAUGUAGUGACUUCUCGGUAACCAUAGCAACAGGACACUGAGCACUGACUGCAGCAGCAAUAGUUGAUAACGUUGAUCACUUGUAGAUCAAUCAUUAGGUCAAAGUUCUUGUUUUUAUCAUGCAGGUGUUUUUGAUCAAUAUUAAUUCAUUUCUAUACUUUUAUCGUGUUUAUUUUAGA